CUUCCCCUCGUAAAAGGCCCGUCCAUAUAUUCUUAUGUCAAUGAUUUAGCCAAGUACAUGUGGCUUAACCUAAUUAUGUGCUGUCAAAACGGAAAUAUCAAUGUGCAGUGACAAUGUUUAGCAAUAUGCUACUCGGACACGAUUACAUGCGAUGAAUGAUUUUAUUUGACAUGACAAAAUGUAAAAUGUGAACUGAGUAAACGCGGAACGAUGAGAAUUCGAGAUCUCGACGCACCGACUAUCAAUACUCGCGACACGUAAGUUCACGUCUGCUCAAAUCCGCUCGAACUGGUCCCUGCGAAUCCGCAAAAUUACGACGCGUUGUUACACGAUAACAUGGAGGAAAAGUCGCCUACGAUUACGAGAAAAAGACUCGAUUAUGACGGCAAACUCAUCUUAGCGCCCAUGGUGCGCAUCGGAACCCUUCCGAUGCGUUUGCUCGCUCUGGACUACGGCGCGGACAUAGUUUACACGGAAGAACUAAUCGAUAGGAAAUUACUUCGUUCGAUCCGUCGAGAGAAUGAUGUGCUUGGCACAACGGACUUCAUUGACAAGACUGAUGGUACAGUGGUGUUCCGUACCUGUCCUCGGGAACGGGAACACGUGGUUCUCCAAAUCGGUACGUCCGACCCGGCGAGGGCAGCCGCGGUCGCUCGCAUGGUGGAGAAAGACGUUGCCGGCAUCGACGUUAAUAUGGGUUGCCCGAAAAAAUUUUCGAUGCUCGGAGGCAUGGGUGCUGCUCUGCUUAGCGAGCCGCAGAAAGCGACCGAAAUUUUGCGGAAGCUGGUCGAGACCGUGGGCACACCGAUUACUUGCAAAAUACGCGUUCUACCUGACCUCGAGGGGACGCUGCGACUCUGCAGUACUCUCGCCGCCUCUGGUAUCGCAGCCAUUGCCGUGCAUGGCCGCACGACUGACGAGAGACCGCAGCAUCCUAAUCGCAAUCACGUUAUCAAACGGAUCGCGGAGCACCUCUCGAUACCGGUUAUCGCAAAUGGCGGAUCUAAGGAUAUUCAGAGACACUCCGACAUACUCAGGUUUAAGGAAGAAACGAACUGUAGUAGCAUAAUGCUGGCACGUGCAGCCGAGUGGAACUGCUCUGUGUUUCGUAAGGAAGGCCCGCUCCCAAUGGAAGACGUCAUAAAGUCGUACCUGAAACACGCGGUCGACUGCGACAAUUCACCUUCCAAUACGAAGUACUGCGUGCAGAAUAUUCUCAGGGAGCUUCAGGACUCGCCCCUAGGUAGAAAGUUCCUUGACGCGCAAACUUUGGAACAAAUAUGCGAUAUAUGGGACAUGGGUGAUUAUUGUCGGUUUAAAAGUAAAGAAUUUCGAGACAAGGGUCUGCUAGGUCGGUUUCAAGUGACACCACUGACGCUCCAUGCAGAGACGAGGGACGGCCGUACUUCUCAGAAGAGAAAAAUUUACGAGGAGGAUGUGUUUGUUAUGCGCUGUGCCUUCUUGAGGGGCAGUUAUAUGACCGAUUCGGAGUUGCCAAAAACUAGAUUACUCAAGUGGACCAAGGAGAAUCGUAAGAAGAUGCCAACGUACGAUACUCGGCGAGAGGACAAACUGUUCUGCUCCGUGGUUACCGUCGACGGUAAAAAGUAUGGCUCCUCCUUCUGGGAAAAAAAUAAAAAGUGGGCCGAACAAGGCGCCGCUUUGGUGUGUCUCUGUUUCCUAGGUGUUAUCGAUGAGGAAAGUCUUACUGCUGGCGGUAACAUUCCUCCCCGAUGAUAUUCGUUUUGUCAUGUCUAUUCAGUGUAUAACAAAAUGAAAAUAAAGACUCAGCGAAUUGUCAAUUA